UACUACAGAAUUCCAAUCCCCUAUCACAGCUAAAUUUUCUUCUUAUUUAGCUAUCUGGAUAAUCUGUUUUAUCUGAUUGUUCACUCUUUCAAUCACUUCAUCAGCUGCAGUGCCAUUUGGCACAUACCUGUAUUUUUGUACUAUUGUGGUAACUGUUGCCUUUGCAUAAAUUUGGCUAUGAUAUUAGUGCUCUGCUGUUCAUAGUACCUUACCCAUCAAAACAACUGUAAUUCGCUGUUUUAAUAGAACUGCUUUUUGUCACUGUUGAAAGAGAUUAUUUAAUGAAACUUUUUAGAACACGUUUUGUUCUUAUUUAUGGACAAUGUGUACAUUUUUUGGUCUGGCUAUUGUAAAACGCAAAUCUUUGUCGCUUUCCAGAUAUCUUCUCUCUUUGGUGGAACCCCAGUCACAGAAAACAAACCCAAAUCAUUGUGGAACAUUUGUAAUUUGUCACAAUAACAAAACAGACCAAAAAAAUUAUGAAGAUAAAAAAGGAAAAAAAAUCGACUAGUAUAGCUCCAGUGAGGUCGAUGAUGAGAUCAGACACAAAAAAUACCCAUUUGGUAGAAGUCAGAAAAAUGACUUUCACUAUAAAUGGUAUAAGGAAAACAGUAUCACUUAUUUUGCCAGUGCCAUAAGGCAAUAGCACACAGGGAGAUUAGAAGCAUCCUCCUUGGCAGUUUACACCCCAUUCUCAUUAUCAUGGAGGUAUUAUAUAGAGGUGGCGAAAUUAAUACAGCAAAGCACCUUUAAACCCAAUUUUUAUUGAAAAUUAAGAUAAAUGAAUAACAGUAAACAGUGUAAUUUUAUAAAUGAUUAUUACUUUGUUUGCAUUCCUCUAGUUUUUAUUAAAAUCUCUGUUCUUUUAGGCAUACUUUCUACUAGUUUUUUACAUUAUUUUGAACAUGUGGGCCAUGAGUCCAUGUUUGUGUCAGUAAUUCAGUCAAAGCACCCAUGUUAUAAUCUUCUUUGUUCUUAUUCUCUUGUUAACUAAUGCCCAAAGAUUUUUUAUUAUAUCCACAUCUGGGCUAUUCCCAGAUCACAAGAAGACAGUAAUAACACUUUCAUCCAAGAACUUUCCCUAACUCUUUUGUCUUAUUGUUUGGUGCUCCACCAUGUAUAACAUAUAAUCUUCACUGUAAAAGACCAGUUCAACUGUCCAUCAUAUCAUAUCACAUCACGUCAAUUCAAGUGACAUGAUUUCAACUUGCAUGACUGUUCUCAACUGAUUUUUUUUUUCAGGAACUGUGGUCUUCUCAAGAUGAUUGUCAAUUGUUUUUAUACCCAAAGUGUACAUAGACAACACAGUUGAUUAUAAUACAUGGAUGCUGUAGUCCAUGUUUGUAGCAAAAUAAAAAUUUAUUGGAUGCAAAUUAUUUGCAGCUUGCAGGGAUAACUUUUAUAUUAGAGGAUGAGAAAUGAGGUGUGAAACAAUACAAGAAAGGAAUGUGGGUCUGAAAAAUAUCAUUGCAUGGUACAGAAGGAAAGUUUCACACACAGUACAAAGAGGAACAGAAAUGUGCGUUUUAUAAAUAAAUUUAAAUGUUGAAGCAUCAUUUUUUUUCAUUUGUUACAUCAAAUUGCAACUUAAUUACUAGAGGAAUAGAGUGUUAUGAGCUGGCAUCCAACCCUCUGAGCAACUGGUUUGUUUAAGGUUUAAUUUAGAUCCCAGUGAAGUACAAAUUUUAGACAAUACUUAUACGUCCCCCAAUACAUUUACCUUCAAGAUUUAUGAGUUUCCUUUACAUCUUGUAUUAUGUUGACUACCGAUGCUUGCAAAUCUGUUUUGUGCGCAGUCCUGAGAGCUAAUUGACAAGAAAUAAGCCCACUACAAACGUAUACUCAAACAAACUAUUUUAAUAAAUUACUUGAUGCACAUAUCACAAAAAAGCAUUUUGCCACUGCUGCAAUGUCUGAAGGUUUCAGUCCUUUUCAUUAUAAAAUAUUGUGAAUACCUGAUAACAUACAAAUAAAUUCCACUUGCUAAUCAAUCUGACUCUACCAACAGUGCUUCUUUCACUUCAAGUUACAGUGAUAUUGCAAUCCAUUUCAUUUUAUAAUAUUAAAUAUCGGUAUACAUAAAACUUCACUUUAUAAAUGUGGUAGAGGUUAAGUAGUUCAGAAGUGCCAGGAAUUCAUUUCUACAAAACGAUAAUUACAGCCUAAAUGUGAGAAAGUUUACAAUGUUUAAGAAUCAGAUCUCACACAUUCUGUAACUCUGUUUUUUCCCUUCUGCUUCUUUACUAAAAGAAUUUGAAUACUUCCUGUUGCUCCUGCUGUGCUGUCCAGACUGCUGCUCUCACUGCUUCAAUUAAUCUUUCACUGUUCAUUAUAAAAUUACAAAUUUUUAUGAAAGAACUGAUGAAAAAAUAACAAAAGUAAUGAAUAACAAAGACAUAGAAUAAAAACUUAUAUUAACUGCAAAAAGCACAAUGAAAUGAAGAAUGGCAGAUAAUCUCAUGGCUGUGUAUUGAGAGGAUGAGGCUGGGGAUCAUGUGAUCAACAACGAUCGAUUAUGUCAGUCUCCAAUAACUUUUUCCCAAGAAACCAUGCCAUGACAUGAUUGACAGUUUGGAGGCCGUCAUCUGAAAUGCAUUGCAGAAUGUUUUGAUGGGACAUGAUGUGACAGCCAGUUUGAAUUGGCCUUAAACCAUUCACUAGUCAUAGGCAUAAGUGUCUCUUCUAACACUUUCAGAUACUAUCUUUGAUUCAUAGAAUCUUCAACGUGUGCUGGUUACCUGUACCCUUCCACGAAAACACACUUCAUACCAUAACUUAAAUGGGAUGCUUCACAGUUUGAUGUACACAGUCUUGAUGAAACUCCCCCUUUUCCCUCCGCCCCACAUACUGGCUGCUUUCCCCUGUGACACAGAACACUGAUUCAUAACUGAAAUAUAUAUGGAAGAUAAUAGUAAGCCUUAUUACUACCAAACUUCGCAUCACUAAUUUUUUUGUGAUAUUCAUAGACGAUUUUUGCUAGUCAUGUGUACUGUCUCCAUAAACGUUCAAAGUAGUGUACUAUUUUGACACGCUGGCUGGCCUGUCUUGCACAACAGUCUCCUUACACUUCUAGCUGACACACUUACUCCAUAACGCUUAAAGUACACGGCGAUUAGCGUACUUGUAGCUUUACGAUUGGAAAUGAUCAUAUUUUUCAGUUUUCACUGAACUCUAGCGCUCAAUUUUGGUUUUCUCCCACAUCUGCCCGCAUGCUGCUACUGAUCAACAAAGUCUUGGAUUACAUUUUUAAUCAUUGUCUGUUGUGAGAUCCUUCUGGAAGGAAUAUGGUGUCACGUGCAGCAUCCAUCUGCCAAAUGUGUUCUAACAGUAGCAACUGCUGUGGGUGAAUUGUGUUUCUUCCUAUCCAUAACCUUAAAUUGUGUGUCUCCAAAUCAACUGAAUCAAUGCACUCGCUUGUACGCUUCUAUUCCAUGGAAUUCAUUCCAAAUAGUUUACUGGUGUUGUUAAUAAAUGAUUAAACAACUGCGGAACACUAACAUGUUUAACGACAAACACAAUUUUCAAAAAUUCUCAUUAGAUAAUGUAGUUAUGUACUACUAAAGAAUAAACAAUACCUGAUUUUCAACUGUCAUCAGCAUCAUCCAUUCAUUGUAGCCAAUCCAUAAAAUUCAUGAUUCUCUAAAACUCCUUAAACUUACCUCCGGACACUUCACAUUCGCCUCAGAACAAUUUUAUCUCGUUUAAUUAUGUGAAAUACACAUUAAAACCAAAUUUUCAAAGUACGUGUUGCAUCUUCUUCAUAAUACUUUCGCAGCACCUGUGUCACCAUUGCACCUGUCACCAUUGCAGUACAUUUCUUUCGAUAGAAUCGUAGUUGAAAUUGACUUCGAUUAUGCCAGAGGUUUUAAUGUUAUGUUGGGAGGCAUGUUUUGCUUAUUUGACGUCUAGUCGAGAAGCGCGUUAAUAAAUAAGUGUUUGUUUGUAUUUGGACGACAGAAAGUGUGGAAUAGGUGUUUCGUAGAGACUGUGCUUCAUAAAUGGCUGUGCAAUGCCAUUAUUUUCAAAUAAAUUUUCACCCAGAAAACCGACACCACGAAAAGCCAUUGCAACUAUUGGACAGGAAAGGCCCACUGAGGAUCUCGGGUUGGAAGUUGGAGAAAUUAGGAUAAGAUUGGGAGAACAAGAAGCUGUAUUCGACAAGGGGGAAUGGCUACCAGAGACUGGCCCAACAAGUGGAAUUCACAAAGAAAACAAGAAAUUGAGGAAAAGGCUACAAGAUCUUCAGAAUGAGAACAAUUUGCUUAAACUGAAAUUUGAAAUUCUUCUUGACAUGCUAACACAAACAACUGCUGAAGCUCAUCUCAAAGAAAAACAGAUGGAGAAACUGCAGUCAGCUAUGAAACACUUAAAACGGAGAAAUUGAAAACUAUUAUUUCUGCCGUCAGAUGAUUCUUGCUCUACAGAAAUAAUUUAUCACCAGCAGGUCGGAAAGACAUUAUGGUGUGAUAAAUAAUUCAUGAACGGAGACACUGCAACUAAGUGUAGUGGUUAUUGUUAAGGGGAACUGAUGAUUUGUUCCACAGCUCAGACAAUGAAACACUUAAUCAGCAUGUAGAAGGUUGUCUGUAUAGAAGCUAAUUCCUGUAAAACUGAAGCCUUCAGAAAUUUUUAAGGAAUACACUCUUUGCGGCAUUUUGUCACACUGUUUAAGAAGGCUGCCUGAUAGUGUUUAGCGUGAGUGAAAAAAGUGACUUAAUAAUAAAAACAUUUUUGUUUUA